UCCGGUCCGGCAGAUUCAACGCGGAUUGUAACGUGUGGUAGUGCUAAGCUAAUUCCUUCGGUGUAUUCGAAAGAAAAUAUGGGUAUGUAUUGUUGUGUUCCCGGGUGCGACAGCGUCUCCCACUACAAAAACGGGUUGAGGAAAAGUGGAUACUCUUUUCACAAUUUUCCUGCAUGGAGGACCAAUAGAGGGCAACAAAUAUCAGAGAUCACGAAGGCACGACGGAUGGCUUGGGUCGCGGCGGUUCGUCGGAAAAACAUUUCAUUUGAUCAUAUUUCUCCUGGAAUGAAAGUGUGUUCCCGUCAUUUCGCCUCUGGUAAACCUGCAUCUGAAAUGCAGACAACACACCCCGAUUGGGCACCAUCUCUCUUUUUGGAUGGUCCUGAGGUCAAGCGCAUCACAUCGGCGCGUUAUAAGAGAUUGAGAUGGCGAAGAGUGUUUGCUGUAACUUCAGCAGUAAAAGACCAGCUAUCUGCAGUCCCGUUGCAAGCAGAACAGGCAAUGCAGACUAUGGACAAGGGAGCUGUUCAUGAUGAUGGGGAUGUAGCAGAGGAAGAAUUGUUGCAAGCAGAACAGGCAAUGCAGACUAUGGACAAGGGAGCUGUUCAUGAUGAUGGGGAUGUAGCAGAGGAAGAAUCAACUGAUGAGACCGUUGCAGAAUGUGAUUUAUGUCAGCCAAGGCUCGAGGAGAUAAAUCGUCUAAUGGAGGAGAACAGACGCUUGAAUAAAGAACUUGAAAAGCGGGCAAUGGGUGAGGAAUUUCUGAAGGAUGACACCAAAGUAGAAUACUACACUGGACUUCCAGACAUGGAGGUGCUUAUGGGUCUGCUUUCAUGCAUCUUGCCUCGUUUGUCGACACCUACAGGAACACUUUCACCAUUUCAGAUGCUUUUCCUCACUCUUAUGCACCUAAAGCUUAACUUGCCUUUGCAACACAUUGCACACCUGUUUAAUGUCAAUGGAAAAACAGCCUCCGAAGCCUUUAGCGAGAUGAUAGAUGUUUUGCAUGCAACAAUCAGCCCUUUAGUUAUCUGGCCAUCAAGAGAAAUAUUACAUGCAACUAUGCCCUAUCAAUUUGUGGAGGCAUUUGGUAGGCGUGUUGCUGUAAUACUGGACUGUUUUGAGAUAUUUACUCAGAAACCAUCUAAUCUAAAAGCCCAAGCCCAGUCAUACUCCCAUUACAGACAGAGUAAUUCAAUGAAGUAUCUAAUUGGGGUAACACCACAGGGUGCUAUUUCAUUCAUCUCCAAAGGAUGUGGUGGAGGUGCAAGUGAUAAACACAUUACAGAAACAAGUGGAAUUCUAGAUAAACUACUUCCUGGUGAUAUGGUGUUGGCAGAUAGAGGGUUUGAUAUACAAGACAGUGUGGGGCUCAUGUGUGCAGAAGUCAAGAUCCCAGCUUUUACUCAAGGUCGCAGCCAGCUUGAUGCAAGUGAUGUGGAGAGCACGAGGAAAAUUGCACACCUCCGCAUUCAUGUGGAACGGGUGAUUGGGAACAUUCGAAAUAAGUACACCAUUUUGUCAAACAAGGUUCCCAUUAGUUUUGUGCUACCGUGUAAAAGGGAGGAUGUUACCUUUCUUGAUAAGCUUGUGGUUGUUUGCUGUGCUCUUACAAAUAUGAGCACAAGUGUUGUCGUGAAAAUUCAAUAAAAUGUGAAUACCAAAACAUGACUUAAACAACUUCUUGACAGACUAUAACUGCUUGUUGUUUACUUAAGCUCUUCAGUCAGGUGAUUUAAUAUUGUUAUUCUAUUUGGAAUAUGCAUUAACAAUGUUUGGACAGUGCUGUAGACAAGAACUGGGACUGGUAAGUUUCGAUAGAUUUAUUUCAAGUAAUGUCAAUAUUUGAACUGACAGUUUAAAAUCUUUAAAUUAGUGCAAACAAGGCCCACCCUCUGACGGGGGCAGCAAAUAUUAUAUAACAUAAUAAAUUAUAAGAAAUAUAUAAAUACAAGAUUACAAUAAACGUGUCUUUGUCAAAGCAGUUAAAAAAAAUCACUGGCCUUGGGUAAAUUGUCAGACAGAAUAAAUAUGUACUUUAAAAUUCUUGCAUUUCCCUUUUAAGUAUUGCAAGUUCUCAAACGCAAUAUAUGAAGUGACAGUUUAAAAUCCUUACAUUAGUGCAAAAUGGCCCACACUCUGACAGGGGGCAGCAAAUCUUGUAUAACUUGUAAAAAGCAAUAUACCUAUGGUGGAAAACAAGACUGAAAAAGCUGUUUCUGCUCUUGCACUCCUCUUUAAAAGAAACUGCUGUAUUUUAAGCCAAAACAACUGUUGUCUUUGAUAGAAGAAUAUGUCAAUAUGCUACCAAAGCAGAUUCACGACGCAUUAAGCCCCCAAACUAUUUUUAAUUUGUCCGUUUUACCCUGAAAACCCCUGUUUACAGACGUCGCGCAACCGCUUUUGUUUCAACCCAGCCAUAAAACGAAGGUAAUUAUAUUUAUUCAAAAUCUGUCGUUUUUAGCUUAGAAUCAUUAAUUGAUGUCUCAUAUUUCAUUAAAAAAAAAAGACAAAAAUUAGGGCUGUCAAACGAUUAAAAUUUUUAAUCGAGUUAAUUACAGCUUAAAAAUUAAUUAAUCGUAAUUAAUCGCAAUUAAUCGCAAUUCAAACCAUCUAUAAAAUAUGCCAUAUUUUUCUGUAAAUUAUAUAUAUAUUCUGUAAAAUGUUGGAAAGAUGACACAAGAUGGAUAUAUACAUUCAACAUAAGGACUGUAGUGGGCAUUUCACUCUACUGUCAUUUAAAUCUGUCUAUGCUGUUCUCACUCCGAAGCGUCUACUUUUUCCAAAGCUAGACAGCUAGUGAACGACGCCUUAACAAUCAGACUUCUUCCUUUUUCAUCUGAUUUAUGAAUAAAAUGGCCUCAAACCACUGUCCUCUUUAGACAAUAGUGAAACUACAAAAAAAGUACACAAGCAUUGCAUUAGCAACAACGUUAGCUUAGCACGCUAUACAGGUUCACUAAACAUAAACCAAAAGCGUCUCAUACAAAAAAUAUAACAUUUCGCUUACUAACAUAAUAUGUACAUUCUUUACAACAACCAUACUUACGGACAAAUCUUGUCCAAGGAUCAUAUAAGCACAACAUUACAACGUAGGCGUCAGCCCGAGACGUCGUGCAGCCAUAUUGAACUGGCAAGAAAGCAGUAAACCAUGUCGCAAAGCGACCACAAGAGUUCGCUGUGAGACAGCACAAAAAACCUUGCUGUGAAACUUACCAAAAGGCAGAAUACUGUCUGAGUGGGACAUGUGCGUUAAUUGCGUCAAAUAUUUUAACGUGAUUAAUUAAAAAAAUUAAUUACCGCGUGUUAACGUGAUAAUUUUGACAGCCCUAUUAAAAACAAUUUUGAACAAAUUAUGUCACUAUGAAAAAAAAUGGCGCCUGCAAAAAAGUCACAGAUAUCUACCUCAUAAUUAUCGCUUAAUUGUAUUUUUUUUCUCCGAUAUGUUAGAAGAUAAAUAAUCGAUCCAAACAGAAAAAGUGGAAAAAAAAAAAAAAACGUUUAAAAGGGUAAAUGUAUGAAAAAAUCUCGACCACUCCUUUAUGUCUGCGAUUUCUGUAUCGCGACCCUUGUCAUAUUACCAUGUUUCACCCAUAAAAUCCCCCCAAAAUCCAGCUGCGGCCAUUCACAGCUGUGUCUCGACACUCAGUGAUACUUGCUACAUGGAGUUUUUGGAUCAAAACAAGGUAAGUAGGCGAUAAUAUCUCGUUAAAGUCAUGGCGUCUGUACUUCUGCUCUCGCGUGCUCUCACCUCCAAAUAAGGUUUUGCUGUUUAAAAAACAUUUUUUAAACCAAAAAUGCCCUCCUACUCAAAAAUUUUCUUUCCCCAGAAAAUGGAGAUUUUAAGAUUUCCAAUGAUGUAUCACACAUGCAUAUUGGCCAAAUUGGGUGUCUCAGAGCAGAACUUCAAGUCACCUGAGUGUUUUCCGCCCUAUAUAUUUACAAGAUUACAAUAAAACGUCUUUUUUGAAAAAGUUUAAAAUAUAUAUAUAUAUAUAUAUAUUCAGUGGUCUUAGAUAAAGGUGAAUAAAUAUGUACAUUACAGUUCUUGCAUUUCUAUUUUAGGUGUUGCAACUUCUCCAACACAAUAUUUGAACUGACAGUUGAAAAUCCUUACAUUAGUGCAAAAUGUCGCACACUCUGACAGGGGGCAGCAAAUAUAAUAAAUCAUAAAAAGCAAAUUACUAUAUAAAUAUAACAUUAUAAUGAAACAUCUUUUUAAAAGGGGUGAAAAAACAAAAUAUUGUGGCCUUAGGUAAAUAAUGGUGAAUAAAUAUGUACAUUACAGUUCUUGCAUUUCUAUUUUAGGUAUAGCAACUGCAACACAGUAUUUGAAUUGACUGUUUAAAGUCUACAUUAGUGCAAACAAGAAUAUAUUAUAAAUAAUAAUAGAAUAUAUUAAUACAAUAUUACAAUGAAAUGUAACUUUGUCAAAGUGGUUAAAAAAAUCCAAUUCACUGGCCUUUGUUAAAUAGCCAGGCAGAAGAGACAAUUUUUGACUUUUUUGUCGGGGGGGUGCUUACGCAUUUUUUUAAAAUGUCAAAAACGGUAAAAAAAACGCUUUUGGGCCAGGGAACGCCGGGAAUCGUUCCAAAAACAUGUCAGGACUCUCGGCACAGCCUAAAUAUGCCAAAAAAGUGGACUUUUGGGGAAAGUCAAUUUUGACUUUUUUGUAAAGGCGGGGGGUGCUUAUGCAUUUUUUCAAAAUUUCAAAAACAGUCAAAAAAAACUUUUGGGCCGGAGGGCGUCGGGAAAUGUUCCAUAAAAAUGUCAGGACUCUCGGCACACCCCGAAUAUGCAAAAAAAGUGGACUUUUGGGGAAAGUCCAUUUUCGUAAGGGGGGGUGGUUACGAAUUUUUUCAAAAUUUCAAAAACGGUCAAAAAAGACUUUUGGGCCAGGGAGCGCCGGGAAACGUUUCAAAAACCUGUCAGGACUCUCGGCACUGCCCAAAUAUGCAAAAUAUGUGGACUUUUGAGGAAAGUCAAUUUUUGACUUUUUCGUAAGGGGGGUUGGUUACGCGUUUUUUCAAAAUUUCAAAAAUGGUCGAAAAACACUUUUGGGCCGGAGGGCGUCGGGAAACGUUUCAAAAACCUGUCAGGACUCUCGGCACUGCCCAAAUAUGCAAAAUAUGUGGACUUUUGAGGAAAGUCAAUUUUUGACUUUUUCGUAAGGGGGGUUGGUUACGCGUUUUUUCAAAAUUUCAAAAAUGGUCGAAAAACACUUUUGGGCCAGGGAGCGCCGGGAGACGUUCCAAAAACCCGUCAGGAUUCUCGGCACUGCCUGAAUAUGCAAAAUAUGUGGACUUUUGGGAAAGACAAUUUUUGACUUUUUCGUAAGGGGGGGUGGUUACGCAUUUUUUCAAAAUUUCAAAAACGGUCGAAAAACACUUUUGGGCCAGGGAGCGUCGGGAAACGUUCCAAAAACCCGUCAAGACUCUCGGCACACCCCGAAUAUGCAAAAAAAGUGGACUUUUGGGGAAAGUCCAUUUUUGACUUUUUCGUAAGGGGGGGUGGUUACGAAUUUUUUCAAAAUUUCAAAAACGGUCAAAAAAGACUUUUGGGCCAGGGAGCGCCGGGAAACGUUCCAAAAACCUGUCAGGACUCUCGGCACUGCCCAAAUAUGCAAAAUAUGUGGACUUUUGGGGAAAGUCAAUUUUUGACUUUUUCGUAAGGGGGGUUGGUUACGAAUUUUUUCAAAAUUUCAAAAACGGUCAAAAAAGACUUUUGGGCCAGGGAGCGCCGGGAAACGUUCCAAAAACCUGUCAGGACUCUCGGCACUGCCCAAAUAUGCAAAAUAUGUGGACUUUUGGGGAAAGUCAAUUUUUGACUUUUUCGUAAGGGGGGUUGGUUACGCAUUUUUUCAAAAUUUCAAAAAUGGUCGAAAAACACUUUUGGGCCAGGGAGCGCCGGGAAACGUUCCAAAAACUCGUCAGGACUCUCUGCACACCCCGAAUAUGCAAAAAAAGUGCACUUUUGGGGAAAGUCAAUUUUUGACUUUUUCGUAAGGGGGGGUGGUUACGCAUUUUUUCAAAAUUUCAAAAAUGGUCGAAAAACACUUUUGGGCCAGGGAGCGCCGGGAAACGCUCCAAAAACCUGUCAGGACUCUCGGCACAUCCCGAAUAUGCAAAAAAAGUGGACUUUUGGGGAAAGUCAAUUUUUGACUUUUUCGUAAGGGGGGGUGGUUACGCAUUUUUUCAAAAUUUCAAAAACGGUCGAAAAACACUUUUGGGCCAGGGAGCGCCGGGAAACGUUCCAAAAACCCGUCAGAACUCUCGGCACACCCCGAAUAUGCAAAAAAAGUGGACUUUUGGGGAAAGUCAAUUUUUGACUUUUUCGUAAGGGGGGGUGGUUACGCAUUUUUUCAAAAUUUCAAAAACGGUCAAAAAACACUUUUGGGCCAGCGAGCGCCGGGAAACGUUCCAAAAACCCGUCAUGACUCUCGGCACACCCCGAAUAUGCAAAAAAAGUGGACUUUUGGGGAAAGUCAAUUUUUGACUUUUUCGUAAGGGGGGGUGGUUACGCAUUUUUUCAAAAUUUCAAAAACGGUCGAAAAAGACUUUUGGGCCAGGGAGCGCCGGGAAACGUUCCAAAAACCCGUCAGGACUCUCGACACACCCCGAAUAUGCAAAAAAAGUGGGACUUUUGGGGAAAGUCAAUUUUUGACUUUUUCGUAAGGGGGGGUGGUUACGCAUUUUUUCAAAAUUUCAAAAACGGUCGAAAAACACUUUUGGGCCAGGGAGCGCCGGGAAACGU